GCUUUCAUGGUUUGUGUGCUUUGCAUUGGCUGGGUCAAGAAGAAAACCCUGAACUCUAAUGAGAAGAUCUUGCUGCUGCUGGGAUGCUCCAGGAUUUCCUUUUUGUGCUUCUCAUGGGUAUACAGCUUCCUUCAUAUAAUUUAUCCCGAUUACCUUUAUGUUCAUGCCAUAAUAACAUUGCUUGCAUCUUUUGCAGCCGUUUUUAAUUAUUCUAACUUGUGGGUUUCAGCCUGUCUUUGUUUUUUUUAUUGCAUAAAAAUUGCCAAUUUCAGGAACAGAUUCUUCAUUUACCUGAAAGCAAAAAUUGACAGGAUUGUGCCUUGGCUCUUGUUGGGGUCCGGGAUUUUAGCCUUGGCUAUUGGCAUCGUUACCUAUGACCUCUACAGUACUGUGCAGUCUAAGGACCUCAAUUUCACCUGCCUCGGAAAUUUUUGGGAAGCAAGUAUCAGAAUGGAUAAACAUUUUUCGGCCUCGUUUUUUCUCAUUGGCUUUGGAUAUGCUGCUUCAUUCAUGGCAGUCAUCUUUUCUGCUGUUUCCCUUCUCUUUUCUCUCUGGAGACACAAAUGUACAAUGCAGACAAACUCCAUGAAGGACCUCAGCAUGGAAGCCCACAUCAAAGCCAUGAAAUCUAUUCUCUCCUUCUUAGUGAUGUACAGCAUCAACUUUGUCUGUUUGGUCUUGUCAAUAAUUUAUAUAAUGAUGAAUGACAUUAUCGUGACACUUUUUGUAUCCUUAUAUCUGUAUGUUUAUCCAGGUGUUCAUUCCCUUAUUCUGAUUUUCAGCAAUCCCAAGCUGGAAAAGGCACUGCUAAAGAUUCUCUCCUGUGUGAAGUGUGAGUUUCUCAUGAAGUAA